AUGCCCCAAAAAGAUCAAUCAGCAAACUCUUCAAAAUCACCUCAAUCAACAACCUCUUCAUCAUCUUCCUCCCAAUCAUUACCACCUCUCAAAUCCUCUCGAUCAAAAUCCUAUCUCGUCAAAGUCCAUUUCGGAGAACCUCUCGAUUCCGAUACUCUUCCCGAAUUCAUCAUUCAAGCCAUGGACUUUUUAUUAAAACAUGCCAAAGAUAUUGAAGGACUGUUUCGAAUAUCUGGUCAUGCCGGAGAUGUUUCAAAAUUAAAAUCAAAAUUAAAUGCAGGAGAAGCUAUUGAAUUGAGUGAAAUUGAAAAUAUUCAUAAUGUGGCAUCACUUGUCAAGAUGUAUUUUAGGGAAUUACCAAAUCCAUUGAUUAGUUUUGAAUGUUAUGAUAUGUUUAUGAUUGCAGAUUCAAUUCCAGAUGACUGUUCAAGAUUGGAAUGUUUGAAAAAGUUAUUGGUAUACUUGCCACCAACGAAUCAAAUAAUAUUACAACAAUUAUGCUUAUUUUUAAGUGAACUAGCGAAAAACAGUGAAAAGAAUCGAAUGAAUAUUGAAAAUUUGGCAAUUGUUUUUUCACCAAAUAUUUUGAGGGCACCAGAUAGUAAGCAAGAUGAUCCCCUCCUUGUGUCACAUCCAUUUCUGGAGUGUCAAGAGCCAUUAUCACAGAAAGAAAUUGUACAGAGCUAUAAGUCAGCACAAAAUAUUGUCAAAUCACUCAUCGAACAUGUCGAUUACUUUUUCAGUAGCAACUUGAUGAAUUUUCAAGACUUUAUAGAACAACAAUUAUCCAACGAACGAAAACAAGGAUCUUCUUCCAACACCACUCUCACUUCACCCAUUCAAAUGCAAAUUUCAGAACAAAUAUUUGGAACGAGUCCACACGAAGUGACUUCGAGUGUGAAACGAUUAAGCGAAAAAAUUACCCAACAAAUUCAAGAUUUCAACAACAAUUGCGAGAAUACAAAUUCAUUCAAAUAG